GUGAAAAGCACUUGGGGCAAAAUGGCGGAGUUUGUAGGUAGCUAGGAUCCUCCUAGGUUCCAAGGGUGCAGCUCUGCCAACUGCUUGGGCAGUUUGAAAUGCCUGAAGCUACAGGCGAACAACGCAAAGCUCCAUCAUCUGUGAGCUUUAGCGUAAGGCAAGGGCUGUAACUUUGAUCAGAUUGUGAUUUUGGUGGACUUUUGUCACCAUUGUUGGAAACUUGCGCGGUUUCAAGUGCUUCACAUCUUGUGCUCACAUCUAGCGUGGGGAAGUUGCAGAUGAAUACUAUGUUCAGAACUGAAAGAAUGAUAAGCAGUUGAGACUUGGGUUUGCAGAUUGAAGUACCAGGUCUGAACCUCAUGACUCCGGCUUCUUGGGGAGCCUGUGAGCUGGAAGCAUGAGCCUAGAUUGACAGGCCGGGUGCAAAGUGAAGGACUUACGGACAGAUGGCGUCUUCAGAGGAGCCCGAGGCACCUGAAGCACCACAAGAGUCCUCAAAUGCUGUCAUUAAUAGGAGGUUUGAUCCGGGCAAUAAUUCCUGGCUGAGCGAGCCAUUGCCCUUGCAACCUGUCCUCCGAACGUUCUCGGGGGUUGCGCACUCUGGUGCAGUCCGCAGAGCGAGGCUUGUUCGCAGUUCCAGUGGGGGUGUCAUAUCCACUCUGCCGGAAAGCCUGGGAGGCCGCUUGUCGCAGCAGGACAGAACGAACUCAGGAAUCUCCAAUGCAAGCAGUGGAGGAAGCUUGGCAGGCUCCCCGUCCUCCACCUCUGCUGGGCUACUCAAGGACCCCAGCUCUGGUGCAAAUCGCAGCAAGCUCAAGUGGAUGCACGAGAGUGCCGAGUAUCUUGCCGAAUAUGUGGUGCUCAAAGGCCAGGGUCUGACGGAGGAAACUGCGACCCCGAGUACGGAAGCAAAGGCUUUGAAGGAGGGGCCCAAAACAACGCAGCAGAAGGAGACGCCACUCUUCCGGUGGCACACACUGACGUUCAUCCAGGACGAUUUGGAAAAGGCGUUCAACUACGACAACUUUGGAUGGGAUCUGCGCAAUUUCCGUUACAGCAUGCUGGUUGCGGCUUUUGCAAGCAUCAUCAUCGGCUACGUAGAGUGCUCCGCUCUCUCUCACAUAACUGAUGACGACCUCCUGAUGCGCCUCUGGGUUGCGCACACCGCGGUUGCAUUCGUGGCGUGCCUGUUCGCACUCGCCUCGUUUGCGCCCGUCCUCAAGAGGCGCAGCAAGCUCUUUCCAAUGAUGAUGAGCCUUGGCCACGUCUGCGCUGGCGUGCCCCUCUCCCUCCUCGGCUGCUUCGUCGACUUUGAGGCGGGCCUUCUCACGCUCGUCCUCUCGCUCCUCACGAGCACGGCCAUCUCGCGCCCCCGCUUUGUCUACAAUGUUGCCACGGGGGUCAUCAUGAUCCUCCUAUUUGCGAUGAUCGGCCCGACCAUCCCGAACAAGCACGCGCUCGCGCCCAGCCUGCGGACGCCUCUGCGCGUGCUGCAGCCGGUGAACUACAUCACGUACUUUAGCUACAUAAUCAUGUACCUGGCGGCGUUCACGUAUACAAUGGAGAGCUACCUGCGCAUCCAGUUCUGCGUGCGCUGGCAGUUCAAGAUGGGGAAGCAGGCGAUGGAGCGCGCUAAGCACGCUGAGGGCACCAAGGAUGCCAAGUCGUCCUUCCUGAGCAACAUCACGCAUGAAAUCCGGCACCCGAUCGUGGGCAUCAUCAGCAGUGCAGAGCUGUUGGCGGGCCCCGGGAAUGCGAUGGACGCGGAGCAGGAGGAGUAUGUGCGCGGUAUCCAGCAGCAGUCCAUGCAGCUGCUGCGGCUCAUCAAUGACAUCCUCGAGUACGCCAAGCUCGAGGGGGGCUACUUCAGGCUCAACCCCAAGCCGGUGAUCGUGGGGGACAUUAUUGAAGAGGUGGUGCAGAGGCAUGCAAUCAACGGGUUCCGUAAGGGCCUGGAAGUGCUCAUGUAUGUGGACCUGCCCAAGGAGCCCCUGCUCGUCGACUCGCACUGCCUCGAGGUGGUGCUCAACAACUUGCUGGACAAUGCGUUCAAGUACACGGAGGCCCCCGGUGAGGUGGCGGUGGUCGGCGCCGUCACGCACGAGACUGAGCAGGCGGCCACCAUCCACAUCAGCGUGCGCGACACGGGCGUUGGCAUCGCCCCAACCACUCUGGACGUGAUCUUCUCGGACUUUCUGCAAGGGGAGUACCAAGGGAAGACCAAGUUCUCUGGCAUUGGGUUGGGGCUGGCACUGGUGAAGGCGUACGUAGCGGUGAUGGACGGCGAGCUGGGCGUGCAGAGCAGCCAGGAGCCAACGGCCAGCACAGGCACAGGGUCGACGUUCUGGUUCGAGAUCACGCUGCCGAAGGCGCGCGAAGAAGACCUCUACACCUCCAGCUCGCCCAUGCGCAUGGGGCGCAAGAACAGCACCCAACGGGCGUCGUUCGAGCAGCAGCGUGAGGGGUUCUUCCUGGGGGGGUCAGGCAGCGAGGGGGAGGGGGGAGAGACAACUGAGGGUUUGGAUGGCGGAUUGGGAGGUAGUAUACGGCAAUUGCAAAAGGAGGGGGCCGAGUCGCCGUCGACGCGGGUCGAGGCUUGGCAAGCAGUGGUUGCCAACAACGUUGUCCAUGGGUUGGAUUCGUCACAGAGCGAAAAAUACUCUUCGAAAGAAGGACGGCUUGCUCAAGUCAACGUCAACCUGCCGAAACGGGGGGCGUGUUCAGCUCCGGAUCUGGACCAGGGGGUGGCCAAGCAAGCCGGGGAACUCCCCCCCAAAGAGAACCUGCCCCCUGAGGCAGCGCCUCAUAGGAGCCCUUUGCGUGGAGAGGAAGCAAAAACGGACCCAGCUCUUGCAGUGUUUGAAGUGGGAGCGAAGAAGGCGAACGGCCUCGUGGACACGAUCGUGGUCUGUGCAGAUCCGUCAUUGAAGGUUCGGCAGACGGUGUCGCAGUAUCUGGCCAGCGAGACGAUCCACGUGGUCACGGGCUCGAGCCUGAGGAAGGCGCUAACAGGGGCGGCCAGGCAGGCGGCCCAGAUGCGGGCGGACCCGGGGCGCAGUAACGACGCGCGGGUGGUGGUAGUGGCGCUCGUCAGCAGCGCGCUGGAGAAGCCCAAGGAACUGCCGCAGGAGGCUGCGGAGCUUGACAUCCGCUGGGUGCUCAUGUGUAAGGCGGGGGAUCUGGCCAACGGGCUGGGGCUCAGCGGAGCCCCCAGCCUUGAGCGGGGUGGGUCGGGAGCGGGGAGCAUGAACUCGGGGGGCAGCGACGGGGGCGGCAGCGUCAACGCCGCCGAACUGCUGGCGAGCCCCACGCGCCCCCCCCGGGGGCCAGGGAAGCUGACAAAACGGAAGAGCGCGUCCCAGGAGCUGCAGGAACAGCUAAGAACGCUGUGGCGGAACGCGGCGGCGGAGCAGGAAGGGGCUGGGGGCGCGACCGGGUCGCUCGAGAGCCGUGCGCUGGACGCGCUUGCAGACCAGGUGAAUGUCGACGAGUUCCUCAACCGGGGAGGGGAGUGGGCGAACCGGGGGGCGUUGAGCGCACCGCACAGCCGGACGAGCAGCCUGGAACCGGGGCCCCGGCUGCCGUUGAGCACCCCCCACAGCCGGUCGAGCUCGCUAGACGGCUCGUUUCUCGCCUCCUCCAUCGAGUCGUCUCCCCUCCACCCAGCAGCCGAGCGAGCAGCGGGCAGUCCAGAAGCUGGGUCAAGCAUGGCUAACGCGGCGCAGAUCCCCGAGACGAGUGGCGCCCAACCAGGAUCCGGGACUCUACAGGCAGGUUCGACGAGUGCGAAAGGUGGGGGAGGCAGUUUGACCCCGCCGUUGGGGGGAAGCGGGUAUAAUAGCUCGCAGGGCGCGUCGACCAGUGCAUCGAGCGGGAGCGGGAGCGUGGGGUCUAGUGGAAGUCUUAGCAGCAACCUGAGCGGGUUUCUGGUGGAGCGGCAAGUGGGGGAGCGAGAGUUGCCCGUGUUCGAUGCCACAUUGGAGAAGCCCCUCCGGCGGCAAACGUUGGUGGCGUGCAUAAAGAAAGUCGCGGGGGAGGUGGCACGGAAAGAGGGCACGGAAGGGGGAGCCCCCGCGCACUUCACUGCGGCGGGAGAACGGUAUGGGAUCAUGGGCCAAGGGUCAGGGGACAGAGAAGCGGCGGAGGGGGGCCCCAAGAGCGUGCACAUAUUGUUGGUGGACGACACGAUGGUGACGCAAAUGCUGGGGCGGCGCAUCCUGGAGGGCGGCGGGUACCACGUGGAGGUCGCGAGCAACGGCGCCGAGGCGCUCGACAAGUGGGAGGCGCACAACUACCACCUCGUGCUCAUGGACAUCGAGAUGGAGGUCAUGGACGGAUACACGGCGACACGUCACAUCCGCGCCGCCGAGGCGCUCCAGGGUCGGCCGCGCACGCCGAUCGUGGCGCUCACGGCGCACGACAGCAUCGACAUCGAGGCGAAGAACAUGGACGACCUGUUGACGCGGCCGGUGCUCAAGGACGCGCUGCUGAAGAUGGUGCGCAAGUGGACGCCCGGGGUGGGGUCCCCGAGCGGGCUGCAAGGGUUCAUGCGGACGCCGCCAAUUACGCCGCCGGGGGACACCAAGGUGCUCAAGCGUUGGAACCCGAACGCGGAGGAACCGUCCCCCAGCCCAAUCGCCGUGGACGUUGGCCUCAGUCAGGCUCUCCGGCCCUCCAUCUCUCCGAGCAGCUCUCGCAAGAUGCUUUUGGGGGAUCCCUCUCGCACAAGCCCCCGGGGGCUAGGCUACUCGACGCGGCUCGCGCGGGCGCAGACGGACAGCCAGAUAGUGGCGAAAGCGCUGCCCCCCCUGGAUGUGAAAGGGGCGCUUAUGGACGUUGCGGAGGGGGAAGAGGAGGGCGCGAUCGAGAAGAGCCCGUCGCGGUUCCCGAGAAAGGGCUGGUCGGAUUCGGUGGUGUGGACGGGGCACGGGCCGGACAUGAACUUCUCGCCGAGCUUCAAUAAGGAUUCCACCGAGGAAGGCGUGCACUCGCGCUGGCGCACCGCGAGCGGGCUCACGCGCGACACGUCAGCAUCCUCCCCCGAGAUCAGCGACGAGAACCUCCCGGGCCUCGUCAAGUCGCCCCUCCUCGAGUACCGCUCCGACUGGCGCAUCGGCAGCUCGCUCAAAUUCAUGCGCCAGUCCACGCUCGCGUCGUCCAUCGUUCUCCUAGUCGCCCCUCUCUGGUCCGGCUGGCCGUGGCGCAACGAAUUAGAGCCGCCGCUCGUCUUCGCGCAGCGCGUCGCGUGCAGCCUGACGUCAUUCGCGGCGGCGAUGCUGACGCUCCUUCCCCCGGACCGCGUCCCCUGGGUGCGCGCGAUGCGCGCCAACGUCGACCUUUCGUUUGCCAUCACGACGCUCGUGCAGAACCUCUUCAUGUUUCUGCUGGAGGUUCUGGACACGGACAAGAUGGACAUCGCGAUCGACUCCGCGCUCAACGCUUACCUCGGGAUCCUCGCCGUGAACGCCGUCUGCCAAUUCCCGCUCAGCGCGUACGCGUCCCUCGGAGUAGCGGUCUGGACUCAGGUCGCGUGGUUCAUUGAGUACUUUCUCGGCGACCCGGCAGUCUCGGGCCUUUACUCCGGGGUCGCUCACCAAGACUUCGGUUUGCCAGUCACGACGGCGGGGCAGAUCAUGCGGCAACGGGAUCUGAGGCUUGUGAUGUUCAGCAGCUUUCUGUGGCUCGCGGCUGUCACGUGCAUUUGGACGACGUAUUGCAGCGAGACGCGGUCCGCUGACGAGGCGAAGCUGACCCACGCGGUGCGCGAGGCGCAUGACGCGGCAGCGAAAGCGAUCCGGGCCGAGGCCGCCAGCAAGGCCACCAGCAACCUCAUCAGCAUCAUCAGCCACGAGAUCCGGACCCCCCUGUCGAGCGUAAUCGGGAUGGCGGAGCUGCUGCAGGAGACGAGCGCCCGCAUGACGCGCAUGCAGUGCGAGCUGGUGCGCACCAUCCAGCAGUCCACCAAGCAGCUCAUGGGCAUCAUCGACGACCUGCUCUGCCUCUCCAAGCUGGAGGACGGCGACAUCCCGAUCCGCAACGCGCCCAUCAACGUGCGGAGCCACCUGGAGGACGCCAUGAUGGCCACCAGCGUGGCGGCUUACAAUAAGGGCGUCGAGCUCGCCAUGCACGUCGACAUGGACAACGUCAUCUUCUGCUCCGACGCGCUACGCCUGCGCCAGCUCAUGCUCAACGUCCUGUCCAACGCGAUCAAGUUCACGGACAGCGGCGGCGAGAUCAUCGUGACCGCGACCACGACGCCGGACCCCGACGGCCGCGGCACGAUCCUCAAGGUCUCGUGCAAGGACACCGGGCGCGGCAUCAAGCCGUCCGACCUGCAGCGCCUCUUCUCGCGCUUCGAGCAGGUUGAGCAGUCGGACCGGAAGCAGCGGCAGCAGGGCACGGGGCUGGGGCUGAGCAUCAUCAAACAGCUGUCGGAGCUGAUGGGCGGCACGUGCGGACUGAACAGCGAGGGCCUCGGGAAGGGCUCCGAGUGCUGGUUCACGGUGCGCCUCGAGCCCGCGCCUAGUUCCAAGCUCCGGCUCAAGGCCAGCGUAAAUUUGAAAGUCCUGGUCGUGGAGCCCCGCGCGAGCAUCCGGCGGAUUUUGGUAAGUUACCUCGAGGGGUGGGGCCACACGUGCACCGGGUGCGGGACGGUCGCGGAGGCGCGCCAGCUGGCGCGGAACGCAGAGGCGGCGGGGGGGGCCUGGCCGUUCCAGGCGGUGGUGAUUGAUUGCAAGGUGGUGCUGAAACCGGGGGGGAUGGCGUUCGUGGAUAAGGUGAUUGGGAAGAAGGCGGGGGUCGUGCUGCUGUCGCCCGUGGAGAUCGAAGCGAGUUUGGACAUGUCCAAGUUUGCGGCUGUCGCCACCAAGCCCCUCCAGCACUGCCACCUGUACGACUGCAUCGAGGAGGUGAUCCACCCGACCAUCAACCGGGACGAGGAGGUGGAGCACCUGCUGCGGCCCGGCAGCCCCGACUUUCAUCAACCGGGCCUCGCCUCCGUGUCCUCCCACGGGAGCCUGGAAGGCCUCUCGAAUCAGGGGUCCGGUUCACACCCAAAGCGGGUGCGGUCCGGGUCGGACGUUCCGGACACGAGCCUGCGGGUGCUGGUGGUGGAGGACACGUCCAUGAUCCGGCGCAUCAUCAAGCAGAUGAUCUCCAUGGAGGGCCACGAGUGCGACGCCGCGGAGCACGGACAGGAGGCGCUGGAACUGAUGGAGACGAAAACGUACGACCUGGUGUUCAUGGACUGCCAGAUGUCGGUCAUGGACGGCUUCACGUGCGCGCGCCAGAUCCGCGAGCGCGAGGCCGGCACGGGGCGCCACACGCCCAUCAUUGCGCUCACCGCCCUCGCCAUGGCCGGGGACCGCGAGCGCUGCAUGGACGCUGGAAUGGAUGACUACGUUGUGAAGCCAAUCCAAAAGAUUCAACUCUUUCAGAUGCUGAGCAAAUGGUCGGUAAAGAAGUUGCCGAGUCCCACAGCGCGGAGUAGCAGUAGGUAGCGCUUAUAGGAAAGGAAUCGAGAUCAGUUCCGGAUGUUGAGUGCGGUGUUUGCAGAAUGUGAGCCCACGCUUCAGGUACUGGCUGCGGUACAGCAUUGUAUGUAUGUCGGUGAGCAUCGUUUGUUAACACAGAGCGCAUACGGUUGCUAGUCAGGACAGACUCAGAGCUCAGGUUAUCCGGUUGUAGGAUCCUAGGCACAGCCCGUUCGCCUGUCAGGUAGUGGUCUCCUCAGCAGCGUGCAACAAACCCCCCUGCCAAUCAAAAGUUGCAGCCGCUUUUGUUCGAGUUUGCAGAAACUUCAAGUGCUCCUCAGGAGUAAGGCUAAGACAGAGGCUCCCAAUAAUGAUAAUAUCCUAGGAGCCGCUGUAAACAAAGCUGACGUGUGCACUCGACCUCUUGAGUUAACGUAUCUUACUGUACAAG